GGAGCUAAGUAGGUGCGUUAUCUGCAAGAAAAUCAAAGCCAAGGCCAUGAAUCAGCUUAUGGCAGACCUGCCCCCCGACCGGGUUCAGGAAGCCCUUCCAUUCGAGAACACCGGCGUGGAUUAUUUUGGCCCCUUCCUAGUAAAGCGGGGGCGGAGCCUCGAAAAACGUUAUGGAGUGAUAUUUACAUGUUUGUCCACACGAGCGACGCACCUUGAAGUCGCUUUCUCCAUGGAUAAAGACUCCUUCAUAAAUGCGUUGAGAAGACUAGUUGCUAGACGUGGACAAGUAAAGCUGCUCCGGUCCGAUAAUGGAACCAAUUUCCACGGGGCUCAAAGGGAGCUAAUGAGAGAAAUCGAAAAUCUUCGUCAAACUGGGGUGGAUUUUAGCGUCAACCAAAUCGGUAUUACUUGGAAGUUCAACGCGCCUGGCGCCUCUCACCAUGGCGGGGCAUGGGAAAGAAACAUCAGAACGGUCCGCCAAAUCCUACAAAGUAUGUUGAGAGAAUCUCCCCACUGCCUGACUGAUGAAAGCCUUCAAACACUUUUUUGCGAAAUCGAAUCUAUUAUGAAUCAACGUCCUCUUACCACAGUCUCAAAUGAUCCAUCAGAUCUCGAAGCGCUAACCCCUAACCACCUCUUGCAUAUGCGAGGGGGUCAGACUCAUCCAUUUACUACUCAGUCUGAGAUGGCCAGAUCGCGAUGGCGGAAAAUCCAACACAUGGCAGACAAAUUUUGGCAAAGGUGGAAGCGAGAAUACCUGGCUGACCUGCGAUCUCGUCAGAAAUGGAAGAAGACAUCAACCAACCUGAACAAGGAAGAUCUAGUCCUUGUUAUUGAGAACACUUCACCUCGAAGCCAUUGGAUCAUGGGUCGCGUGACGAAUACUCUCCCUGGGAGGGACGGCCUUACAAGGGUUGCUCAAAUCAAAACCGCCACCGGAACUCUCUUACGCCCGAUAAGCAAGUUAUGUAUGUUAUUGCCGGCGGUGGAUGAAAGGUGAUGUCCAAGGUCGGACAUGGGGCCCGGGAUGUUGCCGCCGUCACCCUGCAAAAUUACGACACCCCUCGUCACCCUAUAAUUACAAACGAGAGCAACGAUCCGUUCCCGAAAUCCGGUUUGGGAUCUUGUUUCCGUCCCUUUGUGAUUAGGGUGGUUUUUUUGUUUGUGAGUUCUAUAGUCGGUUACGGAAGAGAAACUUUGAAUUGAAACCUGCGUCAAAAAUAAACCGUUGAACUGAGAUGGCCAGAAGUCUCAAUAUCUCUUCCGAUCCCACGCCUUGAGUCGGCGGGUCAAUAUCGUUUCAAUUCAAAACCCACCUUCCCCGAUUGCCCGACGUAAAGGUGCUGAUGAACAUGAAGAAACCGAGUGGAAAGCUCUCCGCUGUAACAACGGCCCAAAGAAGGCUCGAGCAAAUGUUGGAGAAGCCUGAGGUGCCAUUAGAUCAAAUCCGGAAAACCUUCGAACGAUUCUGCAAGUUGUUGUGUGAGCUUGAAAAGGAGUGGCAAGAUGUAGUACCCGAGAACGAAGAUGAACAGAAAGAGUGGGUUGUUUGGGGCAAAGAACAUGUCGAAGGAAAGGCUGUUCUUAAACAAAACUUUGAGAACAUGCUACAAAAGCUAGAAGUGAGUCCUAUGGACAGCGUGUCUGUCGUCUCAAAGAAAUCAAACACCUCCAUUGCAACAUCAGUCCGGUAAGCCGCCUCUGCCCGUGUCGAAGCGGUAAUACGUCAAAGAGGUCUUGCCGCCAAGAAGGAGGCCCUGGAGCUAUCAAGAAAGCUCGAGGCCGAAGAAAGAAAACUUGCUCAAAGAAGAGAGGAUUUGGAGCUAGAAUUGGAAUUGAAGCAAGAACAAAUUAGAGCUGAUGAGUACAGUAGGAUGGAGCAAGGGCUCAAGGAAGUUCAAGUUAACGGAGAAGCUAGGUCUCCAAACCCGCCGAGAUCCGUAGAAAAUGACCCGGAUACUACUAGCAUGGCCAAAAUCUUGGAGAACGUCCUCGGAGCCCAGGUUGAGGCGUCGUUGCCCAGGAGGGCUCUUCGGGUUUUUGAUGGAAAACUAACAGAGUAUCGAACAUUCAUGCGCUCCUUUCGCUUUCAAAUCGAAAAGAAGUCCAAGUCACCCGAAGAUCGCCUGCAAUACCUUUUACAAUAUACGGCUGGCCAAGCAUAUGAACUUAUCUCCCCCUGCAUUUACAUG